AUGUUUUUGAAAAAUGCGGGUCGCAUUGGCGCAGCGCAGCGCUCUGUCCCCGCACUCCUCUGCGCAGCGUCGAGUCUAGUUCGGCUCAGGGCUGCGGAUCGACACCGGUUCAUCUCGCUGCCGACCCCCGCCUUUCCUCCUGUUCCGCACUUCUCACCAACCACGCCCCGGCUUCCACGAGCGCCUCCCGUUGGCACGCACGAAGCUUCUCCGCAUCCCCCGCUCGGCACAACCACACCCAACGCCCCGUCAACGCAACCUAGCAGACCAACACGCUGCGCUUCGUCGAUCCUAAAUCCAUCCGCAAGUAUCAUCCGCAAGCGCCGCACGCUCUCGAGCACCUUCGAGAUCGCCGCAUUGAUGUUGUUGAGCAGACAACGCAAGGGACUCGAGCUUCUCUCUACUGGCCGCAUCAUCCCUCUUCGACCCUCGUACGAGCGUGUCCCAGUCCCGACACCUCGCCUCGCUCCUUCGUCGCGCACCUUCCACGCUUCGUCACCAGCCAUGUUCGCUCUCACCCCCUGGCGCGGUGCGCCGGGCACGCAGCCCAAGACGUUCAGCCAGCAGAGGAACAUGCCGCGUCUGCCGGUGCCUUCGCUGGAGCAGACGUUUGACAAGUACCUCAAGUCGCUCUCGCCCUUCCUGCGCCAGCUCGAGGAGCAAGGCAAGCUCGAAGGCAGCACGGCCGAAAAGGAGCUCGCCAAGCGCAAGCAGUGGAUCAGCGAGUUCCUCGCCACCGGUGGCCUCGGCCCGAAGCUGCAACAGAGGCUCAUCGACGUCGACCGCACCACCGAAAACAACUGGUUGGACGACCGCUGGUGGCUGCAAAAGGCGUACCACGAGUGGCGCGUGCCGCUCAUGAUCAACAGCAACUGGUGGCUCAUGUUUACGCACGACAAGAACAUGCCCGCCGACCUGGCAGAGCACAGCGGCCAUGACGCCUAUCCCGUCACCGGCCUCGGAUCGCAAAACUGGAACGACGCAGCGUGGGGUAUCCGCCGCGCCGCCUGGCUCACCUCGCGCUUCCUCCAGUUCAAGAAGCGUCUCGACGACGAGGACAUCAUGCCCGACUCAUCCCGUGCCGGUCCGUUCUGCAUGCACCAGUACACACGACUGUAUGGCGUGACGCGCAUCCCGGCGCUUCCGCACGACUGGAACACGGCGACGCCGCAUCCUGCUGUGGCGCGCCACAUUACGGUGAUUGCGCGCGACAACUACUACGAGCUCGAGGUGGUGCGCAAAGACGGCACGCUGCUCGGCAUCGACACGCUCGAAAAGGCGCUGUGGGACAUUGUCGCCGACGCGCAAAAGGGCGAUGGCGCCGGCGUCGGCGUGCUCAGCUCGGACAACCGCGACACGUGGACCAAGACACGAGAGCACCUGCUCAGCGUGUCGCCGGUGAACCGCAAGAGCAUCAACUCGGUGGAGGACAGCCUGCUGUGCCUGUCGCUCGACUCGAGCGUGCUUGCGCUGUCGGCGGACCAUCCUGCGCCGGCGCACGAGUCUACGCCCGUGUGGGUGGAUGCGCUGGCGCGCAACUGCAGCGGUGCGGGCCGAGGUGGCCAUAACCGAUGGUUUGACAAGGCGCUCUCGAUCGUCGUCGAGCCCAAUGGACGCGCGGGCAUCAUGGGCGAGCACUCGCCAUGCGAUGCGUUGAUUCCGAGCAUCCUGUGCGACUAUGCUGCGGCCGAGUCGUGCCCUCCGCCAGGCACCAAUGUGCCUGCCGAGCUGAGCUCGCCCAACGAGAGUGCGGCGUGGAGCAAGCUCGAGUGGACGGUGGACGAGUCGACGCAAAAGUCGAUCGCGCAGUCGGAGGCGGCGGCGCUGCAGGCUGCCAAGGAGUCGGACAUCCGUACGCUUUGGUACGACGAGUACGGAGCGGACUGGAUCAAAAAGGUGGGCAAGCACAGUCCGGAUGCGUAUCUGCAGAUGGCGCUGCAGCUGGCGUAUGCCAAGGCGCACGGACAGCAGGUGUCGACGUACGAGACGGCGUCGACGCGCCUUUUCAAGCACGGACGUACCGAUGUGAUCCGCUCGUUCAGCGACGAGGCGUACGAGUUUGUGCGCGGCGUGCGCGAGGGCAAGGACGCCAAGAAGCUCUAUGCGCUGCUCACGGCGGCGACCAAGUCGCACAACACGCAGACGCGCGAGAGCUCGACGGGCAAGGGCAUCGACCGCCACAUGACGGGCCUGCGUCUGCUGCUGCGCGCCGAGGACGGCGAGACACCCGCGGUAUUCUCUGACCCGCUGUUCGCCGAGUCGCAGUCGUGGCGACUCAGCACGAGCGGCCUGAGUGCAGGCGACCGCUUUGCCGGUACAGGCUUCGGCACCGGUUAUCCCACCGAGUCGUACGGCAUCAACUACCUCGCGGGCGCCCAGCUGCUCAAGUUUGGCAUCGAGUCCAAGCACAAUGCCACCACCAACUUUGCACGCUGCCUGGUCGAGGCACUGCGCGACAUGCGCCGCAUCUGCGAGCACGGCGGCCCACCGCCCGAGGCUACUCAGACGCCCAAGCUCUAG